AUGGGUGACAGAAGAAUGGCGAGUAUUUUUCCCGAAUGCGACCAACUUAAGCAAAAUUAUGACAAGUGCUUCACUGAAUUUUUCCAAAAGUUCAUAGCACCGAACUACAGGCACAAAUACGCCAUCAAUCCCUGUGACAGGCUUCAUCAAGCAUAUCGCGAAUGUGUUGAGCAGAAGCUAGCAACCGAUAGACCUUUCGAAAUAGAUCUCUCUGAAGUUCAGAAAGAAUUUUUGAAUACAGAAGGAGACAAACUACGGGACACUCAGGAAGGAAAAUAA